AUGUCGUCUGCUGUAGCAGAACUGGAUAACUACCUCCAGUCUAUGCUGGCACUCAAGCCCCCGGGUGUCUCAGGCUCUAAGAUCAACAGUAUUACAUCGCUUUGCACGGCAAACGUUCAGAAUGAAUCCGUUCUCAUCCAGAAGAUCUAUACACACUUCAAGAAGGCACCAGGAACACACAAAUUGGGCGUACUCUAUGUCGUAGACUCUGUAACUCGACAAUGGGUAGAAGCAGCGCGCAAGGCAGGACAGCCAUCCGGUAGUGCUGCUCCCGAUGGUACUUUCGCCGCUGGUGUCAACAGAGUGACCGAAUUGCUACCUGUCCUCAUGACGGACAUCAUAAACAACGCUCCUGAAGAUCAAAAGGAAAAAAUCAAGAAACUGGUCGACAUUUGGGAACGGGGCUAUACUUUCCCUGCUCCCAUGCUUGCCUCGUUCAAGGAGAAGUUAAACGCACCCCCAUCACAAAAUGUGGAAUCCACUACCCCGGAAGGCUCGCCAGCACCCAACUACAUGCCGCUGGGAGGUCAACAGCAGCCGCUUAACGGUGUGCCUUCGACCACUUCUGCUCAACAGGCGCCAGACACCUCCAGUAUUCUAAAGGCCCUGGCCGACAUGGCCAAGCAGAACACAACAGCCCCCGCAGCCCCGGCCGUGGCGGCACAGACUAACCCUCUUAAUGCUCUGACCCAGCAAAGUACGGUUCCGCAGCCCGCGUCAUCAUCCGUAGACCAGGCUUCACAGGGCCCGAAUGGACAGGCUGGUGUAAACCCGUAUGCUGCUGGAAGCAUGGCGACCCCGUUCGCGGGAUUGAGUAGCGUUGCUCAAAACCCGGCAUUGGUGCCGCCGCCGCCGCAGACCCAGAGCCAGAACCACACCCCCAACCCGUUGGCAGCAGCGCAAAACCCACUGGCCGCGCUACUGCCGCAGGCGACUGCAGCUCCGGCUCAGCCGACUGCCCCGAUCGGGCCUGAUGCACUGCAGCAGCAGCUCCAGCUCCUGCAAUUGCUGGCUGCCCAAGGCAUUCCUCAAGAGCAGUGGGCCACAGCCCUGCAGAUUCUCAGCCUGUCCAAUGCCGCCGGUAUGGGUGGAAUGACCGCCGGCCAGGCUCCUCCGCCUUUCAAUCUGCCCGGUCAGCCCGUUGCCAACGCUUGGGGCGCUCGGCCCGACUCCCAGUCACGUGAAUUCGACCGGGACCGUGAGCGUGAUCGCGAUUACAUGCGCUCCCCUCCUGGCCAGUACCGCCGCCGUUCUCGCUCCCCCGGUUGGGACAGACGUCGUGAAGCCUCCCCUCCUCGUCGUCGUGACAGCCCUGUCUAUGGUGAGUACCAUGGCGACUCCCCGGGACGUCGUGGUGGAGACCCGCGCGGUCGCAGAGGAAAUGAGUAUCGCCAGCGCAGUCCUCCUGGACGCCGUCGUCGCACUCCUUCUCCUCCUCGCAAGGAUCCUACCCUACCUCCCCCAGGCCCUAAGUUCAUCGAGUGGGAUUACUCCAUUGGCCAAGGGAACAUUAAAGUCCUGAGUCGUACCCUUUUCGUUGGUGGUGUUACGUCUUCUGAGGCGCAUCUCCGCUCUCUCUUUAGCAAGUUUGGCAUCGUCCAGACAUGCAUCGUCAACAUUGACAAGCGUCAUGCUUUCAUCAAGAUGAUCAGCCGUCAGGAUGCCGUCAUGGCACGGGAUGGCAUGGAAUCCUACAAGUCCGGUGACAUGCAGCUCAGGACUCGAUGGGGUGUGGGAUUCGGUCCUCGUGACUGCAGCGAUUACCAAACAGGCAUCAGUGUGAUUCCGAUUGAAAGACUUACGGAGGCUGAUCGGAAAUGGAUGCUCACCGCGGAAUAUGGCGGCACUGGCGGAAGGACCAUCGAGUCUGGAAUGGUCGUCGAGGAGCCCGACAUUGAGAUCGGCGCUGGUGUCUCCUCCAAAGCUAUCAGCAGAAGAAUUGCUACCGACACUGGCGGCAAGCGUGGACCUGUCUCUUCCCGCACGCAGCAGGACCGAUUCCGUCGGCCAGAACGCGAUGGACCUGCCAACGGGAUGGGCAUGGGUGGCUCGGUGGAGCGGGAGAUUCCCAAUGCCAACAAUGUCGGUGUCCCGCCUGCAGUGCCUGGCUUCGGCUUCUCAUUCCCCGGCAUGCCCAUGUUCCCUCCCGGCUUUAUGAUGGGAGGAGCACAAGCUGGAGCUGGCGGUGCGGCACAGCCGCCUCCUCCAGGCCAAGGAAGCAAUUAG